UUUCCAUGUCGUGCCAGAAAGAAUUCCUGCCAGAUCCAGUACAUUUCCACGUAGAGAACACGAGUAGCAAUCAAGGGCACCAACCUCUCUGCAGACUAGACUGACUUCUCACAUGCACGGAUUGAAUCAUGCCGGAACAAGCUACCAGCUACGCCCCACAAAUGGAGCGCGAUCUCUGGUUGCUGUCGGCAACGCUCGCCGUCGUCACGCUGCUCUACUACGCCAGCCUAAGACACCGUUCCGGCGCUGCACGGCGGCCGCCGCCCGGCCCUAGGCCACUCCCACUCAUCGGCAACCUCCUCUCCCUCCGCGGCAACCUCCACCACACGCUCGCGCGCCUCGCCCGCGCCCACGGCCCCGUCAUGCGCCUCCGGCUGGGGCUCUCCACGGCCGUCGUCAUCUCCUCGCCCGACGCGGCGAGGGAGGCGUUCACGAGGCACGACCGCCGCCUCGCCGCGCGCGCCGUCCCGGACACCGCCCGCGCCCUCGGCUUCUCGGCGCGGUCCAUGAUCUGGCUGCCGAGCUCCGACCCGCUCUGGAGGACCCUGCGCGGCAUCGUCGCGACGCACGUCUUCUCCCCGCGCGGCCUCGCGGCGGCGCGCGGCGUCCGCGAGCGCAAGGUCCGCGACCUGGUGAGCUACAUCCGUGGGCGCGCCGGGCGGGACGUCGACGUCGGCCAGGCCGUGUACGGCGGCGUGCUCAACCUGGUGUCGAGCGCCUUGUUCUCCGACGACGUGGUCGACGUGGGCGCCGAGUCUGCGCAGGGGUUGCGCGGGCUCGUGGAGGAGCUCGUCGAGCUGGUCGCGAAGCCGAACGUCUCGGACCUUCUCCCUCUGCUCCGGCCGCUGGACCUGCAAGGAUGGCGGCGCCAGGCGACCGGACGCUUCGAGAAAGUCUUCCGCGUCCUUGACGGCAUGAUCGACCGCAGGUUGGCCGAGGCUUCCUCUCAGGACAAGCGCGGCGACUUCCUCGACAUCCUCGUGGAGCUCAUGGCCGCGGGCAAGAUCGCGCGCGACAACGUGACGACCAUCCUGUUCGACGUGUUCGCCGCCGGGAGCGAUACGAUGGCGAUCACCGUGGAGUGGGCGAUGGCCGAGCUGCUCCGCAACCCGGGCGCCAUGGCCAAGCUGCGCGCCGAGAUCGAGGGCGCUCUCGGGAGCAAGGAAGCUGUCGAGGAGGCCGACGCGGCGAGCCUCCCUUACCUCCAGGCCGUGGUGAAGGAGGCCAUGCGGAUGCACCCCGUGGCGCCGCUGAUGCUGCCGCACCGGGUCGUGGAGGACGGCGUCGAGAUCGGAGGCUACGCCGUGCCAAAGGGCUGCGCGGUGAUCUUCAACACGUGGGCGAUAAUGCGCGACCCGGCGUCGUGGGAGAGGCCGGACGAGUUCGUCCCGGAGCGUUUCUUGGGCAUUGAGAGCAAGGUAGACUUCCGGGGGAAAGACUUCGAGUUCAUCCCGUUCGGGUCCGGCCGGAGGUCGUGCCCCGGCCUGCCGAUGGCCGAGCGCGUGGUGCCGCUCAUACUGGCGUCGCUGCUCCACGCGUUCGAGUGGCGCCUGCCGGACGGCGUGGCCGCCGGGCGGUUGGACGUGAGCGAGAAGUUCACCACCGCCAACGUCUUGGCCGUCCCUCUCAAGGCCGUGCCCGUCGUCAUCGCCUAGUUACUGCAUGCAGUCUGGCGUGUGCUUAGAAUCGACAGCAGUAUGCCAUAGAUGUAGUCUGCUUCUGCAGAUGGUAGAAAUGGGCAAUUGAAAGGCGCAAAUAAUGCCACUUCGAUCAUCACUUCAAUGGCAUUUGCGAUUUGGCAUGUGUGCACCGACAAAUCCAAUGAUCACUUGUUCCUAUCAUGUCCGCUGAGAAAUACUACUAUUAUA